GAUGGAGGUACAGUUAGGGCUAGGGAGGGUUUACCCCCGGCCGCCAUCCAAAACCUAUCGAGGAGCUUUCCAGAACCUGUUCCAGAGCGUGCGCGAAGUGAUCCAGAACCCGGGCGCCCGGCACCCUGAGGCCGCGAGCGCAGCACCUCCCGGCGCCCGUUUGCAGCAGCAGCAGCAGCAGCCGCAGGAGACCAGUCCUCGGCAGCAGCAGCAGCAGGGUGACGAUGGCUCUCCCCAAGCCCAGAGCAGAGGCCCCACAGGCUACCUGGCCCUGGACGAGGAACAGCAGCCUUCCCAACAGCGGCCAGCCCCCAAGGGCCAUACGGAGAGCGGCUGCGUUCCAGAGCCUGGAGCUGCUUCAGCCACCGGCAAGGGGCUGCAGCAGCAGCAGCCAGCACCACCGGACGAGGAUGACUCAGCUGCCCCAUCCACGUUGUCCCUGCUGGGCCCCACUUUCCCGGGCUUAGGUAGCUGUUCCACCGAUCUUAAAGACAUCCUGAGCGAGGCCGGCACCAUGCAACUCCUUCAGCAGCAGCAGGAGGAAGUAGCAUCGGAAGGUAGCAGCAGCGGGAGAGUGAGGGAGGCCGCUGGUGCUCCCACCUCCUCCAAGGACAGUUACCUAGGGGGCAGUUCGACCAUCUCAGACAGCGCCAAGGAGUUGUGUAAGGCAGUGUCGGUGUCCAUGGGCUUGGGUGUGGAGGCGUUGGAGCAUCUGAGUCCUGGGGAACAGCUUCGGGGGGAUUGCAUGUACGCCCCGCUCCUGGGAGGUCCACCCGCUGUACGUCCUUGCGCCCCGCUGGCCGAAUGCAAAGGUUCUCUUCUGGAUGACGGCCCAGGCAAGGGCACCGAAGAAACUGCUGAGUAUUCCCCUUUCAAGGCAGGUUAUGCCAAAGGGUUGGAUGGCGACAGCCUGGUUUGUUCGGGCAGCGGUGAAGCAGGGGUCUCCGGGACACUUGAGCUGCCAUCCACCCUUUCUCUCUACAAGUCUGGAGCACUAGAUGAAGCGGCAGCUUAUCAGAGUCGCGACUACUACAACUUUCCGCUCUCCCUAGCCGGGCCGCCGCCCCCUCCGCCACCUCCCCAUCCUCACACCCGUAUCAAGCUGGAAAACCCGCUGGACUAUGGCAGCGCCUGGGCGGCUGCGGCGGCACAAUGCCGUUACGGGGAUCUGGCGAGCCUGCAUGGCGGGGGUGCAGUGGGACCCAGCUCAGGCUCACCCUCGGCCACUGCCUCCUCUUCCUGGCACACUCUCUUCACAGCAGAAGAAGGCCAGCAGCUGUACGGGCCCUGUGGCGGGAGCGGAGGCGGCAGCGCUGGUGAGGCAGGGUCUGUAGCCCCCUAUGGCUACACUCGGCCACCUCAGGGGUUGGCAGGCCAGGAAGGUGACUUCCCUCCACCUGAUGUGUGGUAUCCCGGCGGUGUGAUGAGCAGAGUGCCCUAUCCGAGUCCCAGUUGUGUCAAAAGCGAGAUGGGCCCCUGGAUGGAGAGCUACUCCGGACCGUAUGGGGACAUGCGUUUGGAGACUGCCAGGGACCAUGUUCUACCCAUUGACUAUUACUUUCCACCCCAGAAGACCUGCCUGAUCUGCGGUGAUGAAGCUUCUGGCUGUCACUAUGGAGCUCUCACUUGUGGAAGCUGCAAAGUCUUCUUUAAAAGAGCCGCUGAAGGGAAACAGAAGUACCUGUGUGCCAGCAGAAAUGAUUGUACCAUCGAUAAAUUCCGAAGGAAAAAUUGUCCAUCUUGUCGCCUCCGGAAAUGCUAUGAAGCAGGGAUGACUCUGGGAGCCCGGAAGCUGAAGAAACUUGGUAAUCUGAAACUACAAGAGGAAGGGGAGGCUUCCAAUGCCACCAGCCCCACUGAGGAGCCAACCCAGAAGCUGACGGUGUCACACAUUGAAGGCUAUGAGUGUCAGCCCAUCUUUCUGAAUGUCCUUGAAGCCAUCGAGCCAGGCGUGGUGUGUGCUGGACAUGACAACAACCAGCCUGACUCCUUUGCCGCCUUGCUCUCUAGCCUUAAUGAAUUGGGCGAAAGACAGCUUGUACAUGUGGUCAAGUGGGCCAAGGCCUUGCCUGGCUUCCGCAACUUGCACGUGGAUGACCAGAUGGCAGUCAUUCAGUACUCCUGGAUGGGACUUAUGGUGUUUGCCAUGGGCUGGCGGUCCUUCACCAAUGUCAACUCCAGGAUGCUCUACUUCGCCCCUGACCUGGUUUUCAAUGAGUACCGCAUGCACAAGUCCCGGAUGUACAGCCAGUGUGUCCGAAUGAGGCACCUCUCUCAAGAAUUUGGAUGGCUCCAGAUCACCCCCCAAGAAUUUUUGUGCAUGAAGGCACUGCUGCUAUUCAGCAUUAUUCCAGUGGAUGGGCUGAAAAAUCAAAAAUUCUUUGAUGAACUUCGAAUGAACUACAUCAAGGAACUUGAUCGUAUCAUUGCUUGCAAGAGAAAAAAUCCCACAUCCUGCUCGAGGCGCUUCUACCAGCUCACCAAGCUCCUGGACUCUGUGCAACCUAUUGCGCGAGAGCUACAUCAGUUCACUUUUGACCUGCUAAUCAAGUCCCACAUGGUGAGCGUGGACUUUCCAGAAAUGAUGGCAGAAAUCAUCUCUGUGCAAGUGCCCAAGAUUCUUUCUGGGAAAGUCAAGCCCAUCUAUUUCCACACGCAGUGAAGCUUUGGAAGCCCCCAUUUUCUCACCCCACUCCACUCCCCUUUUCAGAUAUCUUCUGCCUGUUAUAACUCUCUACUACUUCUCUGCAGUGCCUUGGGGAAUUUCCUCUUUUGAUGUACAGUCUGUCAUGAAGAUGUUCCUGAGUUC